UUUGACAGUUGUGUUAUAACCUAUACUCACCUAUACGUUUCUAUAAACUCUGAAUAUUAUUAUUACAAUUACAAGGAUUAUACAUGGCUGAAGCGAACGUUGUUGAGUUGAAGGAAAAAAUAAUUGAUUUCGUUUCAAAACAUGAGUGUAUAUAUGAUAGGUAUCAUAUGCACUAUAGAAAUAGAUUUAUAAAUGAUCCUUUAUGGAACAAAAUAUCUUCUGAAUUGAAUAUUAGUACCAUGGCUGCAAGACAAUACUGGAGAACUCUGAGAAGGGGUUACAUCAAUUACAGGAGAGCUCGAAAACAGAACUUACAUAUAGGAAAAUAUCCGUGGGCUGCUCAUUUAUCAUUUCUAGAUAAGACUUUAGAUAGCAUAGAACAGUUUAAUGAUUGUGCCAAAAAGCAAAUAUAUUCAGAUGUAGUUGAUUCCUUAAUAACAUCGUCCCAAACAGAACAAAUCACACAUACUACAAAACCUAGUUCCAAGCCAAAUAUAAAUCACUCCAAUACUUUUGAUGAAAUGUCAGAUUUUUUCAAAGGAGUUGAAUUGAAUCAUGAAGAAGUUAUGAAUAAACUUAGGAAUAGUAACACACAAAAAUUAGAUAGUGUUGAUUAUUUAUUUCUUAGUUAUGCUCAAACUUUCAAGCAAUUUUCCUUGGAAAGACAAGCUACUCUCAAAGUAGAUCUCGCUACAUUAUUUUCAGAAGCAGAAUUAUAUGAAAUAGAUGAAUCUAAUAAUGAUUUGGAACUAGAUGAUCAGUUUGAAGUCAUAGAAAAUUAGACUCAGAUAAAGUCGUAUGUUACUUUGGAAGCUGGGCCAACUACAGACCAGGAAAUGGAAAAUUUUUUGUUGACGACAUUGAUCCAUUUUUAUGCACCCACGUUAUUUA